CCCUCGUUCUUUCAGCAGGGCCGAGCACCGUUCGUUCACGAUGCUCAAGCCCUCUCUUUCAGGCUCAAUUUCACGGGCGCACACGCCCAAGCCUUCAACACCACUUCCCCUCAAGUCUAUCCUGAAGGGAAAGACUUCCCCUCCUCGUGACCCAUAUGAAAGCGACGGAGAAGUUGCGGCCGCCAAGAAGGGUUCGCGGAAUAACGUCUACACAGUGCCCAACUCCCCUCCGCAACAUGCACACUUGGGUGAGUCCUUGGUCCAGCUUAUUCUCUCUUUUCACCAUUACGUACCUUAUCUGAUCUUUUACCCGAUAAAGGUCCCAUGAAGGGUCCCGCACUAAACCUUCACUGGAAGCUGCUCCCCUACCAUCCAAAGCGAUCAAAGCGAUUUCUUCACUUCGAUGUUGCUUUUCCAACUCACGACAUCGAGUUCAGGCAGAACUCGUCUUAUGGUGUUCAACGAACAAGCUUGUCUGAUGCCGACUUUAACAAGUCGGCUGCAGAUGAAAAGUUGGUCAAGAUGACCAUCAACUUCCAGCGAGGUCCAUUCGAGUGGGACAUCGACGUGAAGCGUGAUAAAGGCAUUCGUGUCCGUGAUGUCUUUGAGGCGAUAUAUGCAGCUUUCGACGCACCGCUCACACCUCAUGAGAAAAGCUUGAUUCCGCACCACCGCCGUGCGGUAUACGAAGAGGCGUUCAGGCUUCGCUGCAAGCUAGCGGCAGGGCUUCCUAUCGUCGAGCAACGCAAAGGCUGGAAGCGCGUAGAUAUGCUUCUGCAUGAGACCCUCUUCCGUGGUCUGACGCAGCCGAAGUCGGGAGGGGACUGGGUAUUGAAUCUCAGCGGGUCGGUGCCCGUAUACGACCGCUGAAGAACCUCACGAGUCACGAUCAUUGCAUAUUUUUUUCUCUCUCACUGUAUUCUUGAACUGGAUUUCAGCCACGCUCUUUUGGCUUCAUCGCAU